AUGGUAGUGCGAAGAAUCGAGGUUGAGAAUCACGUGACAUGUAUAGAAAAUGAGUGGCAAAAUGAAAGGUUAGAGGAUAUUGUAAAGCAUGCAAGCAAUUCUAACAAACUUACCAUUAGGGAAAUGGAGUCUAUCGAUUCACGUGAUCUUGUUGAUAUGGGUCACAUCAGACGAGUACUUUAUUGGUCACAUGAAAAUGAACGAAUGGAUGGUACUAUAAAAGGUUUUGAUAUGGAACCUGGUGUUGUAAUGUGUCUAACAAAGGAAAAUUGUAACGAAUUGAACUUCGGGAAUACUAUUUCCAUUGAAGAGAGAAAUGUAGAUCGGAACUUCGAUCGUGAACUUGUUCACGAUUAUCACGUGACCCC